CUCCACCUCCUAUCUCAACCUGGCAACUCCAAGUUCCUUCCUUUUCCAACCAAGAAGGCAACAAUGGCUUCCUUAACAACACUAGCCGCCGUUCAGCCGGUUGCCGUAAAGGGUCUUGGUGGAAGCUCCCUUGCCGGGACCAAGCUGCCCCUCAGGCCCUCUCGCCAGACCUUGACGCCCAAGAACUUCAAGGCUGGUGCUGUGGUGGCUAAGUAUGGUGACAAAAGCGUUUACUUUGAUUUAGAGGAUUUGGGUAACACUACUGGACAGUGGGAUUUGUAUGGAUCUGAUGCUCCUUCACCUUACAAUUCUCUUCAGAGCAAAUUCUUCGAGACCUUUGCUGCUCCAUUCACCAAGAGAGGACUGUUGCUCAAGUUCUUGCUACUAGGUGGUGGUUCCACUUUAGCUUAUUUCAGUGCCACUGCCCCAGAUGACGUUCUUCCAAUCAAGAAAGGACCUCAACUUCCACCCAAACUUGGGCCGCGUGGCAAGAUCUAAUUCGCUUUCGAAUCGGGUUUUUGUUGUAUGUAAAUUUUCUCUCUUAACUUACCAGCAUGUUUCAAAGAUACCAUUUGGGAGUGUUAUUUGAGCCAUUGUUAUUAUGUGAUCAAUGUGGUCUUUGCCAGUUUGCCCUGCAGAAGAAACAAAUUCAAAAUACUCCAAA